UUGUCCCCUCCCGCUUGCCGUCUUCGCAGCCAUGGCGGCCGCCCGGCUCCCUGCAUGCCUGGUACUGCAGCCGCGGGCCAGAACCCUUCGAGCCUUUUCCACCUCUGUGUCUCCGGCCACUCGCUCUCCGAGACCAAGCCCGUCUACAACAGAAAGAACAUCCAGAUAUGAAAGGCCGCUGAGAAGAAAGGCAUUACCUCCUAGGACAGAGAAAAUGGCUGUUGACCAGGACUGGCCUAGUGUUUACCCUGUUGCAGCACCAUUUAAACCCUCAGCAGUACCUCUUCCUGUUCGAAUGGGUUAUCCAGUAAAAAGAGGGGUGCCCAUGGCUAAGGAGGGAAAUCUGGAACUUUUAAAGAUUCCCAAUUUUCUGCAUUUGACUCCUGUAGCAAUUAAAAAGCACUGUGAAGCUCUUAAAGAUUUUUGCACCGAGUGGCCAGCUGCAUUAGACAGUGAUGAGAAAUGCAGGAAGCACUUUCCAAUUGAAAUUGACACAGCUGCUUAUGUAUCAGCGGGACCAUCUAUUCGAAACCCCAAAGCACGAGUAGUGACAUUAAGGGUUAAACUUUCCAGUUUGAAUUUAGAUGAUCAUGCAGAGAAGAAACUUAUUAAACUUGUAGGAGAUCGAUACUGCAAGAGCACAGAUGUGCUUACCAUCAAGACAGAUAGGUGCCCCUUAAAGAGACAGAAUUAUGAUUAUGCAAUGUAUCUACUAACAGUUUUAUACCAUGAGUCUUGGAAAACUGAAGAAUGGGAGAAAAAGAAGACUGAAGCAGACAUGGAAGAGUAUGUAUGGAAAGACAGCUCCUCAGAAAAAAACAUCCUGGAAACCCUUCUCCAAAUUAAAGCUGCUGAGAAAAAUCUGGAAUUAAGUAAAGAAGAGCUCCUUGGUACUAAAGAAGUUGAAGAGUACAGAAAGUCUGUUGUUAGUCUUAAGAAUGAGGGGGACAAUGAAAAUACCCUUUCUCAGUACAAAGAAUCAGUGAAGAGACUAUUAAAUUUGACAUGAAUUAUAUAGAAAAAUUGCCUUGAUUUAUUAAUUUUAUGAUAUAUAUGUAAUCAUUAUCUAAUUUGAUAUACAGUUGAAGAUGUUAAAAAACCAUUGUUUUAUUACAUCAGAGUUAAAAUUAUUCCUUUCAUCCUAAUGUACAAAGGUAGUGAUUAUUCAAAAGUUUUCUUACUUAUGCACUGGGGCAAUCAUACUAAUUAGAUCUCUGUGAUGUCUUCUGGUUCUAAAGUGUUUGGAUUUUAUUUCUACCAUAACAACUUUAGUGUUCAUAUAUAUACAAUGUUGUUGUUUUGUCACCUGCUCCAUUUCUUUCCCUACAAAUUAGUACUUAUGGGUUGCUUUUGAAUCAUGAUUUUGGUUAUUUGGGAAGCUAGGCCCAGAACCCAGUCCCCUGACUGAAGUUCAGUGUUUUGUCUACAUAACUGCUGUCUGCCUAGUGAGUUUUUUGCACAUGCUGAUUCUGAUUAGAAACAGGUCCUUGGCAGUAUUUUCUAACCUAAAAAGUUUGUUCCAUUCCUCUAUUUUGGGGUCACUUUAUGUUGAUUCAGUUCUGUUUAGCAUCCUGCUUUCCAUUUUCUUUGGCUCAUUUCUCCAACCCCAAGCUUGCAGAAAAGUGGAAAUGGAGAUUAGCUGGUAUUCAUCUCUCUGGAUGCCCCUGCUAGAACUUCCACAUCUCAGGAAAGAGAUGAGGUAUAAAGACCCUGAAUUUAAUUGGAGUAAAUGACAAAAUAACUGCCCUAAGAAACAUUUCAUUCAAUUUAGCUGUCAAUUCAGUACUUUUAAGUAUAUCUGUAAGUCAUUUCUUACCACUUAAAGUUGUCGACAAGUGAUUAAUUUAAAAUUGAAAUAAAGGAAUUAUGGAGGCUGUUAUUUGCCUAAAACUUAUUUUGCUUGACAGAAUUUGAGAACAUAAAAUGCCGGAAGGAAUUUCAGAACAGUUGCUCAAAAGAUUUAUAUAAAUUGAAGAUAUGAUUUAGUAUUAGCAAGGCCAAGAGUCCGUAGGUUAUAAAGGACAACAAUAGGGCCUUGAGUUCCAUCCAUUCCACUGGAUGGAAAUAGCGAAUAAAAAACAAAGUAGAUACAACUGAACUUCUAGAUCAGGUUUAAAGCAUACAUAAGUGUAUUGAAGUGUUACAUUUCUUAGAGAGUCAGAGUUGAGGAAAUCUCAGAUGUGGAAACAGGAUUGAAGAAGGACACAUUUGAAAACAGUAGAAGCUGAGGAGAGGUUGUCAUUUGGGAACAUGUAAAGAGGUGGUAGAUUAGGGUCCUCAAUCCUGUAGUAAUAAUACAGUGAAGAUGGAAGCAGAUGGAGUAAUGAUACAUAGUAAAGAAUUUGACCUUGCUCACAGAGAAUCUGGCCUCUCCCGUCAGCUUCUGGGAGGUAAUCUGUCAUACCUCAUAGAAGUGUCUUUGGUUAGGGCAGGAGUCAGUCACAAUGGAUUUUAGGUGGGGCUCGCUACACCUGAUGAUAGUCCUAGGCAUGCCAGGAAAACCAACCAUGUGUUUAGGGUUGGGGGGCUUUGAGUCUCUUGCUAAAUCAGUCCACCCAGCAGCUGAGAUCAACUGCCCAGGUACUUGAUCAGUCAGUCACACCUAUGUGAUGGAGCCUCAAUAAAAAUUUAGAACACUGAGGCUCUGGUAAGUUUACCUGGUUGGCGAUACUCUGGACAUAUUGUCACACACUUUUACUGGGAGAGUAAUGCAUCCUGCUUCCACGGGGAGAGGACACCAAAACCUGUGAGUUCGUAACACUCCUGAACUUCAUCCUAGGUGCUUCUUCCCUUGGCUGAUUUUAAUCUGUAUCCUUUCCCUGCAAUAAACCGUAACUGUGAGUAUAAUA